GGAGUGCAGUUGCGUACUUCUCAGGUGUGAAGAAUGGAAUGGAAAAGACAGAGUGCAUGAGAGUAUGGGGGGAGGGUUAUAUUAACGUAGCAGGUCCUGGUUGCCAGGCAACGGGGCUGAGCGAGAUGCCAGGUUGCUAGGUAACCUGGGGGAUGCAAAGCCGACUGUGAUGAGGAUAUAGGAAGAGGAGGGGGCAGAGCUGAGCCGCGCUACAUUGGCUCUCUCCUCCAGCUGUGAAUGAGCCAUGUAAACAGUAACAGCGCACACAGAAGAUUUCAUCAGAGAGUUGGCUGUGCCGCACGCUACUUCUUUGCAUCGCUGCAUCUUUAAUCACAUAGUCAACCACACGUGAUUGGGAGCCCGCUUCACAAUGUAUCUUUUUGUUUUUGUGCUUUUGAACAAUCAAACCAAGAUUUACAGGAGUGUUGGUACCAUUGAUAAAAACACCAAUCGAAAUAAAUAAUAUUUAUCUAGUAGGGGUCUCAGAAGAUCCCACGAGAUUAAAAUGUGUUUCUCGUUCCAAAAAAAAAUGCCUCGUUGGCACCUGGCCUGGGACAAUAAUGAAUGAAUUAAUUAAUUACACAAUAAAUGAACAUGAAAGUGAUCAUUUUGGCGACCUCAAUAUAUUGCCGUGUGCUUGCGUCUGUUUUCCUCAUCUCUCACCUCAGGCAGAAAGAGGAUCCACUCUGUGCAUUGGUUUCAGCACCUUGGCUCAUUUGUUCCAUAGAACAACAGCAUGAACAGAGUCCUUUAGCCAGUCAUACAGUCUUUUUGCCUCGGUGGGUGGAGGCGGGGCCGCUAGCAUACACACAGAGUGCAGAAGAAUGUAGUAGAAAUUCAGUUAGUAGAUUGCAAAAUAUUGUCAUAUAUUUUUUAUGUUUUUCUCAUUGUACUUUUCUUAAAAGUAAUGUCUCGUUCCCGUAGACCCGAGCUCAUGUAUCAUUUCGUCUCAUGAACUGAGUAUCUUGUGACACCCCUAUUAUCCAGCUAUUGCAGCUCUUGUCAGUUUACUGAUUCAUUACUUAUUAGAAAAUGUUCACCCAAUACAGUCGUUCGUUACCGUCAUCACGGCAAAUUUGUUCCAGGCCCGACCACGAUAAGUGGAUUUCCACGAAGUAGGAUUCAAUUUUAAUAAAUGUAUAUUUUUGUAUUUAGAGCAUGGAAAACCUGUUCAUGACCUUCUAAAAACUGUUUUUAACAUUCAAUAACACCCCUAUAGUCACAUUCAUACUCGUAUUACCUAAUAUAGUAGACCAAAAAAGGUGGUGAUGCAACUCUCUACUAAUGCAUUUCACUUCACAGUAAUUUUAAGCCAUAACAACGGCCACAAGGUGGCAGAAGUGCAUUUGAUAAGAGCUCGGCAGGGCUCAUGUAGUGACAGUAAGGAGGAAGUGAGAGAGCGUGGAGGGUUGUAGCGUGCAGAAGGUUAUGCAUUAUAGGGACAUUUUAACACAUGCACACGCGUGCACACACAUGCACACACAUAGUGCAGUUCCAAAUGUGAAAAUUGUAAAUAGUUGAUGGUGUUGUAUUUGUAAAUAAAUUGUUAUUUUGAUGUAAAACAACCCCUUUUUGUGUUGUUUAUGUUGGUUUAGUUGUUUAGAUAUUUGAGCUGUCACAAAAGCAAAAAAUAUUUGUGUCACAGUGAAAGUUAUUCUUGAAAUGUAUCUUUUCUCAAAAAGCUGGUUUUCUCCUUUUUUUUAGUCAGGAACUGAUAUUUUCCUGAAACUUACCUAUGUUCUAUUGCUGAUUACUAAAGAACGGAAAAUGGUAGAAACAAACUUUUUUUCCUGAUGAAAGACAGGAGUCUAAUCUUUCUUUUGGUAGGUUCUAUGUUUAUAUAACCAUACCAGACAAUAUUCUGUGUCUUGAAAAUCAAUCAAAAUGGUCUAAAAUGGCCGCCACUGAAGGGGUUGUCUUUUGAAAAAUGGCUGGGAUUGAAUGAGUUAGUUGAUUAAUUUUUGAAAAAAUUAGAGCGAGGGAUCGAGGGGCAUAUGUAUGUUUUUUUUUUAUUCUUGUGUUUUCAUUACACUCUUUUGUUUUAAGGUUUUGUGCAAUAUCUCUCACGUGGAAUACUUGGAAAUCUUGGAAAAAUAGCAUUUUUUUUAUUAAUUCCCUCCCCCCCAAAGCAUAUACACCCCAAUUUUUCCAGUUAUUUAUUUUAAUCCAAGUGGUUCAAGUCCAAUGAAUAGCUUGAAAUGAUACAAAGGUAAGUGGUGAAGUGCCAGAGGUAAAAAAAAAAAAACAGGUAAGGUUACCCAAAACUGAAUUUUCAGAAUGAUACAAAAAGGCCUGUUUCAGGUACCAAAAAAUGGGUCAACAAUUUAAAUGAAGGUUGAAGCCUUGGCAGUUGGUGCAACUAAAUCCUACAGGUGUUCCAACUUCUGGAGGACUUACUGCCUCCUCUGGCUGCAUAAAAACAGUGUUCGGAACACACUGUGGCACUACACCCCUGUGAACAUGAGUUGAACGGCAUUGUACCGGAGAAAGCAAUUUGUUGCUCCAAAAAUGGCAAGAAAAAAGGAAAAAAGAAAAAUGGAAAUUAACAAAAGAAGAAAGACAGACCAUCUUAACACUUAGAAAUGUAGCUUUUUCCUCCACAGAAAUUGAAAUGUUCUAAAACGUUUGUACGUAUAAUACAACGUAUAAUAAUCAUUGUGUUUAUUUUUAAAAUGUGUUAAAAAAAUAAUCGUGAUUGCCGUUAUCUUUGUAAUUGGUUGGGAAAAGUCACAGUACAGUACUGUACUAUCUUUUUGCAAUUUAAGUUAACAUACGGUUCUUUUCCCAUUAAAGAGCUAUACAAGGGAUAAAGUGAUGCAGAUGAUGGAAAACUUAAGUGAAUGAACAAAAAUGCACAGCACAGCGUCCGAUCCUUGUGAUGCAAACAUGCAGACGAAACAAUAGCGGGAGUUUUGUCCAAUUCACAUGUCUCCACAUAAUGAAUUUGUAUGGCUUCUAGGCACGCUCGCAAUCACGGCGAGGAAAUGAGAGAGGAGAAGAAAAGGAGGUAAUUGCCAUGCAGAAAUAGAGGGAAGAGAAUGGCUGGAAAAGAGAGGGAAAAUGCAGGGAUAGCAGCCGUGUCACCACGAGGCAGGGAUUAUGAGGGACAAAUAAUGUAGGAUAAAAAUACUUUCUUGUGCACUCUGGAAAAUGGACAUUCGAAAGUGUGUACGUGUGUGUGUAUGUGUGUGUGUGUGUGUGUGUGUGUGUGUGUGUGUGUGUGUGUGUGUGUGUGUGAGAGAGAGAGAGAGAGGAUAUUGAAAAGGGGGGUCGGAGUGCACAAAAAUAAUUGUGUGUGUUAUCAUGCUGUGCACUGUAAUCAGUUUCAUCCGUCAUUUUUUUUUUUCAGGGGAAUAUUGCCCUCCGGUGUUUUCAUAGCAAAACACAAUGAAUGCAAAUAUGUAAAUGAUGGCACCGAUGUUACACUGUAAUUUAAUCCCUGUUCCAAAUAGCUCACACUGUACAAACACACACUCACCCCCUCCUCUCUUGGUUUGUUCCACUGAUUUUGUGUAGGUGGGGGAGGGGGUAGAAUACGAUUUGAUUGGAUAAUCCAAGGAUUUAAUAUCCCCUAAUCCUGGCACAAUCCUCUCUGCAUUACUGCAGGGAGUAAGAUUAACUGUAUGUGUAGAGUAUGUGUUUCUGUGUGUGCAAAAAAAAAAAAAAAAAGAAAAGGGGGGGGAUGUGUUCUCCAGCUGAGGAAAAGUGCCCUGCAACUGUGUGUACAUGAAAAACGGUGGCACAGCAUGCAAAUGGUAAGUCGCGUUUGCAUGCGUGCCUUGGCCACGUGUGAGGACGUGCCAGCACUUGAGUGGCCGUCAUAUAUCACAUAUCUCAUGCAUCCGCACGCCACUGCUCUCAUGGCAAGCGCCUUCCCUUCCCUCACAGAUGCAGCUCUCUCUUAGCAUCAAAGCACACUACAGUAUGCAUAUGGUUACUGUUAAUUAAGUCUUAAUUGGAACGUGAGUAAUGAGAGGAUAAUCUGACUUGAAAGGAGCGCGGGGCCGUUCACGUUUGCGGCGUAAUAGAAAGAAAAGACAGAGGGAGUUCACGGUGUGUCUGACAAGCGGGCACUAUACUUUAUUUGCAUUUUCCUCUCGGCCUCAAGGGAAUUGUAAUGACUCUACUACACUAUAAAUUGUGCACUCGACACUCUCCACAUGCAUACUCUUUUUUUCCCCCUAACCUUCUAGUCAUACAUUUUUACCGACCCUCAUUAGCCCCUUUCACGCUGCUUGUAAAAGACGGCAUUUUCUUGGCUUUUUUCCCCCGUGCUGUUCUGUAUGAGCGGGGGAAAGGCAGGGUGAAGUCAACCUGGCAGUUUUCCGGCUUUGGGGGCGGUUGGGAUGUCCCGAUCCAAAUUUUUUGGCUUAGUCUUGCUGAAUUGACUUUGAUUACACAGCAUGACCAACAAUAUUGUUUGGCUUUUGUAACAAACCUUUGAGUCAGGUCCCUAAUCCAAUAAAAGAUCCAAUAAAAGUCCGUCCAAUAAUAGAUAAUAUUGGAAAAAAAUGGGCGUGCAAAAUACUUUUAGGGUAGGACUAAUCAUUUGACAUGGUUAUAGAUCAAUUUGUAGUGUGAUUUAGAAUAUAUGACUUUUUUUAACAAACUCGGUUUAACAAACGGUUUCUAGUAUAAACAACCAGCGGUCACCGCGGCACUUCCCAUGCGAGCUCCCCGCAUCAUGACACAGCAUGUAACUACCGCAGUCCAGCGUGAAACUAACUUCACCACGGUACACCGCAGACAUGUCUGCAUGGUGGUGUUGCCUUUUCUUUUUCUUGCGGGUGGCGGGAGUCGAGUGGCAACCAGCUUUGACUUUGAGGCACAUUACCGCACCUACCGUGUUGGAGUGUGGCACAGAGUUACGAACGUUAUACGGCCCCCAGAUUGGCCCGAUCUCAUGGCGGAAGCCGAUUUUAUCCGAUCUUCACAAAUACAGCGGAUCGGCAGCCGAUCUCGAUCCUGAAGAUUGGAUCGGGACAUCCCUAGAGGUAACACAGCUAUCCCAAAAAAUGGCCACAUCCAUAACAGUAGAUAUUGUCCUUUCUGUGCGCGCUUUCAAACAGCAACAGAUAGAUUAGAUCAGAUCAGAUUAUUAGAUGCGUGAGAUGUGUCAGUGCCAGUUGUUGGCGACAACUGCUUUCAUCACAACAGGACAGGAGAAGUCGGGCCUGUCUUCACAUCCGUGUCCCGGCUUUCCGCCCUUCCCUUUCACACAGGCAUGUCCUGCCCCUGCUACCAUUAUUACUGUCCUUCCAUACCAUACCAUACUUUAUAUAGUAUUUUCUUACAUCUCCUAUAGCCAGUAAAGUCAGUCCUUCAAUAUAAAAGCAGAAGCGCGCUUUGAUACGCACUUUGUUUGCACAUAGGUUGCGGUGCGUUUACGGGGUUUUUAUGGAUUUUACAUUAUUCAAAUUUGACAGCAGUACUAUGGGUUUUUUUGGUCAACAAAUUACUGGUAUAUGGUUAAAGGGUGUCCACUACAGGGAAAAUGAUGUUUUAAAUGUUCACUUCUCCAUUUCAUAUGUCAUGUUUGUGGCAUUCUUUUUUAAUGUAAAGAAAAUGUAAGAUUUUUUGUGUGCAGAAACAGCGGGAGAAAAAAGGGAUUUCCCUCUCAGCAUAAUCUCCUCUCCCCCCUCCCUCUUUGGAAAACUAGGUGAAAGUGAUGUUAAAUGUUCAGUUGUCCAUUCAUUUCUCAUUUGUAAUUAUGUUUGCAUUAUUUUCUGCAUCUAAAUUUAUAAUUAUUGUCUCUCAAACAGGUUUUAUGUCAACAUUUUUGGGUGUCUGGAACUGAUUAAUUGGAUUUACAUUAUUUUCUAUGGGAAAAUUUGCUUUGGUUAGAGACCGUUUUGGUUUGAGUCGGACCUUCUCGAACGGAUUAAUGACGUUAACUAAGGCACCACUGAGUUUAUAAAUAUAUUUAUGUGCCGUAUGAACAGCACAGACACAGAAUGGAGGGACAGCCCGGAAUUAUUGCAGCUUUGGAUGAUGUAUCCGAAGCGAGACAGCUCUGGUGUAGCCAUUUUCACACAGAGAUUACACAAAAUUAGUGCAACAUUGCUGUAACAAUAGAUCCCGCAUUUAUUUGUCUGUGCUUUUUAUACAUUUCACAUGUUACGUGUGCUUUCACACAGCAUGGCUUCCCACAAUCACAUAAUUAGAUUACUUGUCCGUCGGUGACAUUUGCUUCCGGCACAACAAGGCGGGAGAAGUGAGUCUAUUCCCUUUGACACAGGCCCGUUACACUGCUACGCUGCUUAUUCUUCCUCUGAAAGUGCAAAAUUGCCACGUGGAUUUCGUCCCUUCCAUUCCGUCUCAGCGCCAUGUGUCACACAGGAAAAAGUCAGGGAAAAUGCCAGGAUUUACAGGAAGUGUGAAAUGCGCUCAUGAAAAGAAACAUUUUUAAGUCAGGACAGGAGUGUGACAUUUAGCCCCCAAGAGUCACUUACAAGAAGCUACAUUAGCAGCACAGAUAGAAUGCAGGGACCACCCAGCAAUUUUCCCGCUUUGGAGAUAAUAAUAGUUGUGGGACAGCACUGUGUUGCUUCUUUCAUACAGAGGUCCUGCAAAAUUGGCUUAACAGUUGAUCCUGCAUGUAUUUGCCUAUUGGUCGGCGUCCAGUUUAUAUUUUGUCCUGACUGUGUAGGCUUUCUCAAUCAGAUAAUUAGAUUAUUUGUCGGGCAAUGACAAUUGAUUUCAACACAGCAUGGUGGAAGAAGUGAGUCUCUUCUUCAUGCUUCUUCCUUCCUUAUUGACACAGCCUUUGAAAGCGGACAUUUUUAUACAGAAACAGGAAAAAGCCGGGAAAAUGCCAGCUUUUACAGUGUGGAAUCGACUUGUGAAAAAAAAAUAUCAGCAAGCCGGAAUAGGCGUGUGAUGUUUACCACCCGAGAAAGCAACUGUCAAAGCAAUUAUCCUGCUUUUCCAAAAGGCAAAUACUCUGGCAGCUCUCAUGUGCCAUCUUUGCGAGAUCUCUCUGUGUGAAAGAAGCCGCUGAUUUCUUCUGAGGCCAAUAUUUUACACGGGAGGACAGUCUCAAGGCGGCACAAUUUCUUUGUUUACCAGAAGAUCUCAGCAGUCACCCUUGGCAACCAGCAUCCUUGUUUACCUACCCCGUGUGCCGUCACACAGUCGCCAUGGCGACCAGCCGGUUGCCCUGACAAUUUUCCGACGCCAUUGUUUUGCAGAAGCAGCAUGCGCCUCUCACCUGCUGUCUCCUCUCAUCCCCUCGCUCGGGCUUAUUAUUAUAGUCAUGGAUUGACGCGUCAACAUGUCAAUUACAGCAAAAAUACUCAAAAUAGGAAUUGACUGAUACUGUUACCCGCUCACAAAGACUGCUUUGAAUGGGCUUAAUGAAGGAGGGAUGGAAGCGGUGAUGGAUAGAUUGAAGGAUAGAAGAAAGGUUAGUGGACACAAAUCUAGCUACAAUCAGCCUGCUCUCCAACACAGCCCCAGAUCAAUGAACAAGACGUGACUGAUCGAUGACUUGAUAGCACAAGACGGAUGGACAGCAAUAAGAUGAAUCGGCCAAUCCAGGUGAAACCAGCCGACAGCGAAGGCAGAGGAGAGGACAGGAAGUUAUUUGUGGGGAUGCUGGGAAAGCAACAGAGCGACGAUGACGUGAGAAGGCUGUUUGAGCCCUUUGGCAGCAUAGACGAGUGCACGGUGCUAAGAGGACCUGAUGGCACCAGCAAAGGGUGUGCAUUUGUAAAAUUCCAGGGACACGCUGAAGCCCAGGCUGCAAUCAACAGCCUGCACGGGAGUCGCACAAUGCCUGGCGCGUCGUCCAGCCUGGUGGUGAAGUUCGCCGACACGGAGAAGGAGCGGGGGCUGAGGAGGAUGCAGCAAGUGGCCUCCCAGCUGGGCAUCUUCAGCCCCAUGACGCUCAACUUCCCCGCCUACAAUGCCUACACGCAGGCGGUCAACGCUCAGCUUGUCCAGCAGCAGGCCCUGGUCGCCCAGUCAGCGUAUUUGUCCCCCGUGGCAACAGUUGCCGCCGUGCAGAUGCAGCAGAUGGCAGCGCUCAAUGCCAAUGGAAUCAUCGCCACGCCCAUAACGCCCAUUACGCCGUCCUCAGGGACAAACACGCCACCAACUAUCGCGGCCACGCCUGUGCCAGCUCUCCCUCCACCAAUAGGAGUCAACGGUUACAGCAGUGUGCCCGCGCCGACCAAUGGACAACAAGGAACCGAGGCACUAUACACCAAUGGCGUUCACCCAUAUCAAGCUCAGACUCCAGCAGCAGCCUUGGACCCGCUACAGCAGGCCUACGCCGGCAUGCAGCAUUACACAGCAGCGUACCCUGCCGCCUACGGAUUGGUCGGCCAGCCGUUCCCCCAGCAGCCAACACUGGUUGCCCAGCAACACCAGCAGCCCCAGCAACAGCAGCAAAGAGAAGGUCCAGAGGGAUGCAACAUCUUCAUCUACCACCUGCCUCAGGAAUUCAGUGAUUCAGAGAUGCUGCAGAUGUUCCUGCCCUUUGGCAAUGUCAUCUCGGCUAAGGUGUUUGUUGACCGGGCCACCAACCAGAGCAAAUGUUUCGGAUUUGUCAGUUUUGACAACCCAGCCAGCGCCCAGGCUGCCAUCCAGGCCAUGAACGGCUUCCAGAUCGGCAUGAAGAGGCUGAAGGUGCAGCUGAAAAGGCCAAAGGACGCCAACCGCCCGUACUGAGUGACAGCAGACAGGAGGGAGAACACAGGAAUAAAGGUGACCUUUCCCACAUCAGCUGAGGCGGAAUUCCCGGAUGUGCGCUUUUCAGACUGCCUGCUGCCUUUUGAGCAUCCGCCGAGUGCAUUCAUGUACUCUGUCUCUCUCACACUCACACACGCACGCACAUAAGACUGAUUUACAAAUGUACAUAACAAGCGCAAACAUCGUACCCGUAGAGCUGAGAGCGCCAUCUAGCUGCCAACAGGGUGUUUAGUCCCGUGCCAGCCUACUGCAAGUGGAAGGUAAAACUGCUGAUAUAUCAUUCAAUAGGCAUCUCUAUUAGCUGACAAAUAUAGAGGGAUUCAUGUUUUCAUUUAAAACACACACACACACACACACACGACUAAAUGCGUAGGCUAGGAGGAGUGUAAAUAAUUUAGUUGACCAAGGACAGCAUUUAAAAACAAAACAAAAAAAUGCAAAAAAGACAACUACUUUAGAUAAACACUGAAAAAGGACACAGCAUUAUUAUUAUUAUUAUCAUUGCUACUAUUAUUAUCAUUAUUAUGAUUAUGAUUAUUAUUAUUACCACUUGUAACAUCAUCAUCUUCAUAAAAGGAUUAUCACAUUCCAAAUUGUACAAUGGGAAAUCACUAACCUAUUUUAAAUUUCUACUUAGAUUUUAGGUGAAACACAGGGAGGGAGGGAGGGAGGGAGGGAAGCGGGGAGGGCUUGCACUUUUAUUCGGGAGGUUUUAAUAUUUGAGCUAUUUUUUAUUUAUUUACUAAUUUAUCUAAUUAUUUUGUUUAUGGGGAGAAGGGAUUCGAGUGGGUUGCGAUAUUUUCAUUUUAGAAUUUUUCUAGAGAAUUACAAAAAAGUAAAAAACAACUUUGGGGGGCCUGUUUGUGUCAGACCCUCGCAAUGGAGCAAUUAUAAUGUAUGUAUUAAUGAUGACCACAACGAUGAUAUUUAUUUCUAAUUUAUUGGAUUCCACUCUCUUUUUAAGUUAAAAUAAAAACUAUCAUGCUAAAUGGAAACUUGCUGUGCUUUUCUAAACCGUGUGUGUGCGUGUGUGUGUGUGUGUGUGUGUGUUCUGAACUCCUGUUUCAAUGCCAGUGUUGCACUCAGCAGAAUAAUGUUGCCUGUGUACCGUAGCUCAAACUAUAAUAUUUUCAUGAUUAUUUUAUGCAUAUUAUUUCCUUCUAAAUAUGAUGUGUUAAUAUCAUGUAUUAAAUCAUGACUACAACAGAGUACGAGGCCACAUUGGAGAAAAAAAAUCUAAGAUUUUGAGAAUGAAGUCGUAAAUUUAUGAGAAAAACUUUAAAAUUUACAAGAAUAAAUUUGUAAAAAUUUAAGAGAAAAAAAGUCAUAAUUAUAUUACCUUUAUUCAAGGCCAAAGGUUGCAUGAAUCCCCCCUUUUAAUAGCUGUCUCAGGCAAUGCCUGUUACGACAGAGUACUAAAAUAAUUGGAAAUUUUCGAGAAUAAAGUCAUAAAAUUAUGAGAAAAAACUCGUAAUAUUACAAGAAUAAAGUCGUAAAUUUACGAGAAAAAUAGUCAUAAUAAUACCUUUGCCCAAGGCCAAAGGUCACAUAAGUCCCGCAUUUCCAUAGCUGUCUCAGGCAAUGCCUGUUACGAUGGAGUAUUAAAAUAAUCUUGGAUUUUGAGAAUAAAGUCAUAAAUUUACAAGAAAAAACUCGUAAUAUUACGAGAAUAGAGUUGAAUAGAGCACAUUUACUAGAAAAAAGUAGUAAAUUUACAAGAAUAAAGUCGUAAAUUUAUGAAAAAUAAAUUCGUAAAUUUAUGAGAAAAAAAGUUGUGAUUUUACGAGAAAAAAGUCGUAAAUUUAUAAGAUUGAUUAAAGUUGUAAAGUUACGAGAAAAAAAGUCGUACAUUUAUGAGAAAAAACGUCGUACAUUUGCCUUUCUCAAAGCCAAAGGUCACAUAAGUCCCCCCUUUUUCAUAGCUGUCUCAGGCAAUGCCUGUUACUACGGAGUAUUAAAAUAAUCUGCGAUUUUGAGAAUAAAGUCAGAAAUUUACACGAAAAAAGUAGUAAAUUUACAAGAAUAAUGUCAUAAAUUUACUAGAAAAAAGGCGUAAAUUUACGAGAACAAAAAGUCGAAAUAUUACCUUUGCCCAAGGCCAAAGGUCACAUAAAUCCCCCAUUUUCAUAGAUGUCUCGGGCAAUGCCUGUUACGGCAGAGUGUUAAAAUAAUCUGAGAUUUUGAAAAGGGGGAACUUUUGCCUUGGGCAUUUGGAGAGGGCGGGGUAAGGAAGGCAGACGUGAGAAGGGCUAGCUAGCCAUGCUAAUCUGUUUGUGCGCAACGAUAACUAUGCUCUAUUUUCCCUCUGACACGUAUGUCACCUAUAACUUUUACGGCUUUUUGUCUUAGGAUUUUAUUCUUGUAUUAUUGUGAGUUUUUUUCUUAAAAUUAUUCUAAAUUUAGGACUAUUAUCUUAAAUGUAUGACUUUAUUACUGUAAAUGUAUGACUUUUUUCUCGUAAAUGUAAAACUGUUUCUCAUAAAGUU